CAGUAGUAUAAACAAACAAAUUUAAAUAUAGAUUGUAGAUUAUCGCAGUUAUACUAGCUUUUUACAUGAAAAUAAAUAGGCUUUUUAUAUAUUUCAUUUACAUUUAAUGUUUCUCACUUUAACUCACUUCGUUUAGAACCAAGUACAGUAGAAGAAGAAAACAGGACAGGUUCCAAAUUUAUCAACUUUUCUAGUAGUGUUAAUAAGUAAUAUGAAAACUGCAAGCAGUAAUUCACAAUGUGCACAAAAAACGAAGAAUAUACAUUCGCACAAAAUGUCUACAAUUACAGAAAAGGGGACAAUGGAUUUGAAUUGGUGGAUUUUAUUUGGUAUUAUUAUAAUACUUACAGCAGGGACAAGAUUUUACAAAGUUACAGAACCACAACAUGUUUGUUGGGAUGAAACUCAUUUUGGUAAAAUGGGAAGUUGGUAUAUAAAUAGAACUUUUUUCUUUGACGUUCAUCCACCUCUUGGAAAGAUGUUAAUAGCAUUAUCUGGAUAUUUAACUGGAUAUGACGGAACAUUUUCUUUUGAAAAACCAGGAGAUAAGUUUGAAAAUGUUAAAUAUGUUGGUAUGAGAAUUUUUUGUACAUUUUUAGGUGCAACGAUAGUUCCUUUAUCAUAUCUUAUUGUAUGGGACUUAACGAAAUCUGUCCAAGCAGCUGCAUUUUCUGCACUAUUUAUCUUAUUUGAUGUGGGAUUAUUGACAUUAAAUCAAUACAUUUUGUUGGAUCCUAUAUUAUUAUGCUUUAUGAUGUGUGCAACUUGGGGAAUGGCUCGAAUAGGUUCUCUUCAUGAUGAGCCAUUUACAGGGAAAUGGUGGGGUUGGUUAUCAUUCACAGGAAUUUUUCUUGCUUGUACAAUUAGUGUAAAGUUUGUUGGUUUGUUUGUUGUUCUACUAGUUGGAUUAAACACUGCCUUUGAAUUAUGGAGAGAAUUGGGAGAUCUAACAAAAUCUAUUAUAAAUGUAGGAAAACAUUUGUUAGCACGGUGCAUUUGUCUCAUUUUUAUUCCAGUAUUAUUAUACAUGUUAUUUUUUUAUAUUCACCUUUCUGUUUUAAACAAAAGUGGAAGUGGAGAUGGAUUUUAUAGUUCCGAAUUCCAAUCCUUAUUGGAAGGAAAUUCUUUGUAUAAUGCAACGAUGCCGCGACAAUUAGCUUACGGAGCCACAAUUACACUGAAAAACCACAGAACUGGCGGAGGAUAUUUACAUUCGCAUUGGCAUCUUUAUCCAGAAGGUAUAGGAGCUAGACAACAACAGAUCACGACUUAUUCGCAUAAAGAUGAUAAUAAUUUAUGGUUCAUAAAAAAAUUUGAUACUGAUGGUAUACCAUCGGAGCCAAUGUUAGUAAAACAUGGUGAUCUCAUACGCUUGGAACAUGUUAUUACUCAUCGAAAUUUGCAUUCGCAUAAAGAGAUCGCUCCUAUUUCGAAAAAGCACUAUCAAGUUACAGGAUAUGGCGAAAAUGGCACUGGUGAUGCUAACGAUGUAUGGAAGAUUUUAAUAGCAAACGGCAAAGACGGCGAUAUAGUUCAAACCGUAACGAGUAAAUUAAAAUUUGUACAUUAUCUACACCAUUGCGUUUUAACAUGCAGCGGUAAAACAUUGCCGAAGUGGGCGUAUAAUCAACAAGAAGUUUCCUGUAACCCAAAUAUGAGAGAUAAGAAUGCAUUUUGGAACAUUGAAGACAAUAAUUAUGCAAAAUUACCAAACGUCAGUUUUCAAGUAUAUGCACCUGGAUUCUUAGAUAGGUUCCUAGAGUCACAUGCAGUAAUGUUGCAAGGAAAUUCUGAUUUAAAAGUUAAGGAAGGGGAAGUGUCAUCGCGUCCUUGGCAAUGGCCUAUUAAUUAUAGGGGCCAGUUCUUCUCUGGGAACAGUUUGAGGAUAUAUCUACUUGGUAAUCCAAUCAUUUGGUGGAGCAAUAUUGUAUUUUUAAUACUUUUUAUCUUGCUGUACACUCACGCCCGUGUACGGCAACAACGUGGUUGUGUAGAAACUCCUGCUGUCCUCGAACAAAGAGAUAAAAUAUUAAAUGCAGGAAAAUGGCUUUUUAUCGGUUGGAUACUCCAUUACGCGCCAUUCUGGGCAAUGAGUAGAGUUUUAUAUUUCCAUCAUUAUUUCCCAGCUCUAUUAUACAGUUCAAUGUUAAGUGGAACAACUUUAAAUUACAUUAUCGAAAAUAUAAUCAUUUUAUUUCCAAAUAAAAUUGGAAAUUUUAUAUAUCAUACAAUAGUAGGAGUUGUUAUUUCAAGUACCAUAUACAGUUUCUAUUUGUUUUCUCCAUUGGCUUAUGGCAUGGUUGGUCCUUCUUCAUUGGAUCCUGAGAGCCCAAUGCACUCUUUAAGAUGGAUGGAUACUUGGGAAUUUUAACGAAAACUGAAGUAUUUUGAUUUUUUUUAAUUUAUAAGAAAGUACUAUAAAGAAAUAUUAUAUAGAAAUACAGUUAUCAGCAAAAUAUGAGGAAUCUAUGACUUAUACAUAUUAAUAAAUUUAUAUAUAUAUAUAUAUACAUAUAUAAAAGAUAUUUUA